UGUAUCAAGGAUAAGAGAAGUCACAGAAUCCAAUCUAGAGGGUGCGGCUCUCUAUCUGUGUAGGCACAGAGGUAUUUAGCUGCUUGUAGCUGUAGUAGAUUUCUACUUGAAAUGGAGAGAUUAAUGCAGGUGCCGUAUGAAGCAACGGUGAAGGUGAUGUUAGCAUCUCUGGAAAGAAAUUUGCUACCAGAUGCGGUGAUCAGGAGGCUCACUCGCAUGCUCUUGGCAGACCGUCUUCGUUCUUGCUACAAGACAUCCUCUGAACUCCAGCUAGCUGACCUUCUCCAAUUCGUUCAUUCUCUAAAAGAAAUGCCUAUAGCUAUCAAGACUGAUAAGCCAAAAACUCAACAUUAUGAAUUACCAACCUCUUUCUUUAAGCUGGUCCUCGGGAAAACUCUCAAAUACAGCUGUUGUUAUUUUUCUGAUAAAUCGAACACCUUGGAAGAUGCUGAGAAAGCAAUGUUGGAGCUGUACUGCGAAAGGUCACAGUUAAAAGAUGGACACACUGUCCUUGACGUUGGAUGUGGCUGGGGGUCACUCUCUUUAUACAUUGCCCAAAAGUACAGUAACUGUAAAAUUACUGGGAUUUGCAAUUCAACAACACAGAAAGUACACAUUGAUGAGCAGUGCCGGGAUCUUCAGCUGCAGAAUGUGGAGAUCAUUGUUGCAGACAUUAGCACAUUUGAAAUGCAGGCAUCCUAUGACCGUAUAUACUCCAUUGAAAUGUUUGAGCAUAUGAAGAAUUAUGGAGAUCUUCUUAACAAGAUAUCCAAGUGGAUGAAACAAGAUGGCCUUCAUUUUGUUCAUUAUUUCUGUCACAAGCAAUUUGCUUACCACUUUGAGGAUGUUAAUGAAGAUGACUGGAUUACUAGGUAUUUCUUCACAGGAGGUACAAUGCCUUCUGCAAAUCUGUUACUUUAUUUCCAGGAUGAUGUUUCCAUUGUUGAUCAUUGGCUUGUGAAUGGGAAACAUUAUUCACAGACAAGUGAGGAGUGGCUCAAAAGAAUGGACCGGAACCUAGCUGCCAUUAAGCCAAUAAUGGAGUCAACCUAUGGUAAAGAUCAAGCUGUUAAGUGGACUGUUUACUGGAGAACAUUCUUCAUUGCUGUUGCAGAACUCUUUGGAUACAACAAUGGAGAAGAGUGGAUGGUUGCACAUUUCCUUUUUAAUAAAAAAUGAAGUAUUCCAAUCUCCUUUUCAGCGGAAGAUAAGACUGUUGGAAGAGGUGGUGCUGUACAUCUCUUUUUCCAAGUCAAUAAGGCCUUAAUGAUAAGGGUUUAAGUGAAUCUGUCGACUGAAUAACCACCAUUUUGAAUGUGUAUUCCGUUGUCAGUUGAAUAACUGUUUUCUUAUAUCUCAAACACAGUUGUAAAUUGGGUUGUCCCGGAACCAAUUUCUCAGAUUCUGUUUUAUCAAACAGGCGAGCAAUGCUCCAAGUUUCUCAGUUAAUUCAAAAUAUCCUUCUUUGAUUUCA